ACGAGGAGAAGCAGCGUUUGAUGAGGAAGGAGUCGUGCUCAAAGGAAAAUUACGAAGAGAAAGUGUCGCGAGGACAUCUGAAGGAUUAUAUGACAGAAACUGAAGAAACAGAGCUGGACAGACAAAGUGCCAAAAGGAAGAACCUGCAGAUAAAUAACAGAGACUUUAAGCAGCAGCCAAACCAACAUGAUGAAGUUCCUGCUACUGCUCACCCUCCCACUGAUGGCAGGUUGUGAUAAAGUUGAUGAAGCAAGAGCUUGUGCAACAGGAUGGGUUCAAUUCACCUGCAAAUAUCCUAAAACAUUUAAAAUAUAUGAGUACACUGAUGUACUUACUCACAGAGGGACAACCUUACGGAGCUCUCAGAAGGAUGUGUGGGAAGACAAAGGCAGAUUUUCUCUGUACAAUAAUACAAACCAAGGAAAGCUCAAAGUGGCCGUUAAACAUCUGGAACAAGAGGACUUUGGGAAGUAUCAGUGUAAAUUGUACAGAUCAAACUCACCUCCUUACAUAAAGAAAUGGACACUGGAACCUGCAGGAAGCUGUCAGCAGCCAUCUACUCAGAGUGUACACAGAGCAGCUAAAACCACCAUCACAUGUAAUUAUCCAGAUGACGACCAGGUCAGAUUUCUCUGUAAAGGGGAGAGUUUCACCUGUGAGGAUGUUUUAUCAACCAAAUCUCCUCAGAAGUCAAACAGGAGAUUCACUCUGAGAAACACAGAGAAACGCUUCAUCGUGUCCAUCAGUGAUGUUUCCUCACAGGAUGCUGGAGUCUACUGGUGUGGGCUGGAGUCAAAAGAUGGAAGCUACAGAGUUUCAGUCAGACAAAUAAAACUGGAGGUCAAAGAAUCACCACCCACGUCAGUCACUCACUCUGCAACCUCAUCACCCACCUCCACACCGUCAGCUGCUCCUGAGGAGAGAUUUGGUGUUUCUGGGUCAGUCAUUGGUGUGAUCGUGUGCGUGGCUGUGAUGGUGUUUCUGGGAGCUUCUGUCCUUAUCUACAAACGACUUUCAUGUUCACAAAGCAGACGAAGUGUUGCAGCGCUGCAGCACAUCAGAGAGGAGGAGGUACAGGAGUGUGUGCAGCAGCCAGGUGCAGAAACAACAACACACCUUCCUGCCAAUAUUGCCACAAACACGGCCGCCUCACCGCAUUACGCUACCAUCAACUUUCAAAGCCGCUCUGACAAAGCUGGUGGUGAGCCGAUGAAACCCAACUCCUCUGCCUGUGAAUAUUCUGCUGUGAAGUUCAGCAAAUGA